CAAAACCAGGAGGGGAAGAUGAGGGGCAUUUGGAAUAAACUUUGGGUGUAAGGCAGGAUUCAGUUUCUGGAUAAUAUUUUGGAAGCAUGCACAGAAGCAAACUAUCAAAUAUGCAGGAAGCAGCCAUUCUUCUGAUCCUCCUGGGAGUCCUUUCAGAGGGAGAGGCGCUGCACUUAGUCCAUUUACCUGCUACAAGCAGUGUGGCAGAGAAUUCUCCACCUGAGACUCCGGUGCACAAGUUUUCUGUGAAACUCUCAGCAUCGCUGUCACCUGUGAGCCCAGGGUUUCCCCUGGUAAUCAACUCAAGUCCCCUCACUGAAGCCUUUAGGGUGAAUGGGCUGUCAGGCACCGACUUUGAGGUUGUCACCACUGGGAGGGAACAACUAGAUUUUGAAACAGGACCAAACAUCUUUGAUUUGCAGAUUUAUAUUAAGGAUGGGGUUGGUGCCACAGACCUUCAGAUCCUGACUGUCCAGGUAACAGAUGUGAAUGAGCCGCCUGCAUUUCCAGGCAACUUGGCAAAAGGUAUAGAGCUCUAUAUAGCAGAAGGAACAAACCCAGGAUCCAUUUACCAGGUUGAGGCCUUUGAUCCAGAAGACGCAAGCCGAAACAUACCCCUCAGUUAUUACCUGAUUUCUUCCUCAAAGAGCUUCAGAAUGUCUGCUAAUGGUACCCUCUACUCCACAACAAAAUUUGACUUUGAAGCAGGAAACAGCAGUUACUAUCUCAUCGUGGAAGUGAGGGACAGCCGAGGCCUCAAGGCCUCCACCACGCUCCAGGUGAACAUUGUGAACCUCAACGAUGAGCUCCCUCGCUUCACCAGCCCGAGGCGAGUGUUCCCGAUUCGGGAGGAACUGAGCCCAGGGACCAUCGUGGCCAAUAUCUCAGCUGAGGAUCCUGAUGAUGAAAGUUUUACCAGCCAACUCCUCUACAGCAUUACUACGGUUAACAACUAUUUUAUGAUAAAUCAGUUGACUGGUACAAUCCAAGUGGCCCACAGGCUAGACCGAGAUGCAGGUGAAUUAAGGCAAAAUCCCACCAUUUCUCUGGAAGUUCUGGUGAAGGACAGACCCAAAGGGGGUCAGGAGAAUCGGAUGCAGAUUACCUUCAUUGUGGGAGACAUCAAUGACAACCCUGCUACUUGCACCAAGUUCACCCACAGCAUACUGGUGACUGAAAGAGCAGCCAAGGGGACGUUGCUUCUAGACCUGAACAAGUUCUGCUUUGAUGAUGACAGCGAAGCACCAAACAACAAAUUCAACUUCACCACGCCAUCUGGAGUAGGGAGCAGCAGCAGGUUUUUACAGGAUCCAGCUGGCUCUGGGAAAAUUGUGUUGAUAGGUGAUCUGGAUUAUGAAAAUUCAAGUAAUCUAGCAAGUGGCAAUAAAUAUUCCGUGAUAAUCCAGGUGCAGGAUGUCACCCCUCCUUACUAUAAAAAUAACAUCUACAUUUUUAUCCUAACAAGCCCAGAAAAUGAGUUUCCUCUCAUCUUUGAUAGGCCGUCCUACGUAUUUGAUGUGUCAGAAGUAAGCCCAGCUAGAACCCGAAUUGGACAGGUGCAAGCAACUGAUAAAGACUUCCCCCAAAGCAGCAUCAGGUACUCCAUCUCCACCGGAGGGGCCAGCCUCCAGCACCCAGACAUCUUUUGGAUUAACCCCAAGACAGGAGAACUCCAGCUAGUGACUAAAGUGGACUAUGAAACAACCUCCACUUAUAUUCUCAGAAUCCAGGCUGCCAACAGUGAGGACAUGAGCUCAGUCACUGUAACUGUGAACAUCCUUGAAGAAAACGAUGAGAAACCAAUUUGUUCCCCAAACUCUUAUUUCCUGGCUGUUCCAGUGGAUCUCAAAGUUGGCACGAACAUUCAGAAUUUCAAGCUGACAUGUACCGACCUUGAUUCCAGCCCCAGAUCUUUUCGUUACUCCAUUGGCCCAGGCAAUGUCAACAGUCAUUUCACCUUCUCUCCCAAUGCUGGGUCCAACGUCACACGCCUGCUGCUUGCAUCUCACUUUGACUACGCUGGUGGGCUUGAUAAGAUCUGGGACUACAAACUACUUGUCUACAUAACUGAUGACAACUUGUUGUCUGGCAGGAAGAAAGCAGAGGCUCUUGUUCAAACAGGGACAGUGACACUGAGUAUUAAAGUUAUUCCUCACCCAACCACGAUCAUCACCACCACCCCUAGGCCCAGGAUCACCUACUGGAUCCGGAGGGAAAACAUUUAUUCUCCUUCAGCGUGGUAUGUGCCUUUUGUCAUCACCUUGGGCUCCAUUUUGCUUCUGGGUCUCCUGGUGUCCCUGGUCAUCCUAUUGGUCAGAGCCAUCUACAGACAUUGUCCCUGCAAGACUGCAAAGGACAAGAAACCUCUGGUGAAGAAAGGAGAAAUGAAGAUGGCUAAAAGAGCUGCUGUGGUGGAAACAAUCCAGAUGAGCACUGUCUUCGAUGGAGAAGCCAUAGACCCAGUUACUGGGGAAAUAUAUGAAUUCAACUCAAAAACCGGGGCCAGGAAAUGGAAAGAUCCAUUAACUCAAAUGCCAGAAUGGAAACAGUCAAGCCCCCAGGUAGCUGCUCUGCACAGGAUGGCUGCUGGUGAAGGCAACGGGCCACCGAGGACCACCAACAAGGAAGAAGACAGGCUCAGUGGCAAAGCCCAGGCUGAGGAUGCAGGCCUGGGUUCCAGAAAUGAGGAUGGCAAGCCUGGCACCCCAAAGAACAGACACUCAGCCCUCACAGGCAGGGCUUCCCCCAAACCACACCCAGGAAAGUAACCUGCGUCUGGUUGCCAGGUCCACAGUCCAGGGGAGGGGCCUUGACUUGUCAGGGGGAUGCGGUCUCACUCAAAAUUCUAUGAGGGCUGAAGGGACCCAGAGUUCUAGGAGCCACAUGGGAUGUUUGAUACUCCUUAAAGACAAAGAGAAAGGGGUUUGAUCACCCAGUUACCUUUUCCUGAGAGUGCACAAGAAAAAUUGCUCUCAGGUCUCAGGAUUAACUGUGCUUCUAAUCACUGUUAACGUAGAUGCAGAAUUGCCAUGCUUUCUUCUUUGCAUUGACUGCUAGGAAGCUCUAUUCAGCUCGCCCCUAGGAAUUGCACAGGACUUCUUGACAUAAAUAUUGAGAACUACAUUCUUAUCGUGUUUCUUCUUAUUUUGCUGCCCUUAUUGUAGUGUCAUCUAUAUUUCUUCCUUUAUAAAUACAGUUCAAUAAUUUAAAACAUACAGCUUUGUAAGUCACCUCAAAUCUUUUUCAAAAGAAGCAGAGCUGUGAAAAAAAAUAGAUGAAUAAAUAAUGAGUUCAUCUGAAAGGAGAAAAUACAAUGACGACUUUUAUUCUUUUUUACUGAAGUAUAACAUAUUCAAUAAAGUGCACAGAUCUCAGGUGUUUAGCCUGGUGAUAUAUACGUUCCCCUCCAGAGGCAAUCACUACUCUGAUCUUUAUCAUUGUAGAUUAGUUUUACCUAUUUACUAAUUUCAUAUGAAUAGAAUCACAUAGAAUGUACAUGUCUGGCUUCUUUUGCUCAGCAUCAUCAUGUCUGUGAGAUCCAUCCAUGCUGGGUGUAGCAACAGUUCAGUCUUUUUUGCUGUUGCCUCUUAUUCCAUUGUAUGAAUAUACCACAGUUUAUUUAUCUGUUCUACCCUUGGGCUGCUUCAAGUUUUGCUAUUAUGAAUUAUAGCCCUACGAACUUUCUUGGACAUGUCUUUUGGGAACAUGAACCCUUAUUUCUUCUGAGCAUGUGCCUAGGAGUGGAAUUGCUGGAGCAAUUGCUGGAUACUGUGGAAGAGUUCUGAAGGGGUCUUUCCAAUUUAUGCUUCCACCAGCAAUAACUGAGAAUUCUGAUUGCUCUACCUUGUUGCCAACACUUGGUGUUAUCAGUCCUUCAACUGUCAGCCAUCCUGGUGGGGGGAGCUGCUGUUUUUUAUCAAACCUAAAACACCUCCAACCUUUUAACCCACCAACCCUGCUCCUUCCUUACUUCCUUGGAUUUAGGGAACCACUGGACUCUGUGUGGAGACACAGAGGGAAGCUCCAUCCAUUGAGACGUUCAUCUGUUGGUGUGAGCAAUGAACUGAAAAUAAACAGCACAACAGUGAAAUAGGAAUUGAAAUGUUCCAAUGUGUGCCUCUUGGAGACUGCGAGAAAGUCUUGCCUGAGCCCUGUGUCCUGCUCCCCAGCAGCUGUGGCUUUAGAACAGUAACUGCAAGGACCAGGUGAGGGUCUAUUAGAGCAGCACCUCCUCCUGGUUGGGGAGCCUGUGGGAGGCGGGCGGGAUCCAUCUGACAAAUGAAGAACUUGGGAGAGAGCAGCUGCUUGUUUACUGAGUGCCUGUGUGCCAGCGUGACUUCUCAAGAAAGAGAAACAUUUGAAAAAUGCCCUGUCCUGGCCUAGAUUAGGCGUGAUUUAUUAAUAAGGGCUGGUUGCCAGGGAACUCCUUUGAAUGGGUUUAAAUUUUGCAAAAGAAGGCAGAGCUGAUCAUUUGUGUAGGUUGAAGUGGGUGAAGUGGCUGAUUACCCAUUUAAGACUUCGUGAGUCUGCGGCGCCGCGAGUAAAAUGCCUUCCUCAGACACGCUCAGCCUCAAUGCAAGUAAAAUGAGGCUCGGAGAAGGCUGAAGGAGGACUUAAUAACUGUUUAUAAGCCCAUUACGGAUGAUUACCAGGCGGGCCACGGGCAGCUGUUCCUCCUUCUCAGCGAAGACAGGGCAAGAGGGAAUUGUGUUUAACGGCCAGAAGAGAUUGAAGUUAGGCACAGAGAGGAACUUCCUGAAGGCUGGGGUCUGCAUGAAGAAGAGAGCAGGGUCUUCCCUGGGCAGGAAGAGCUGGGGGUCAUCCAAGCCCCCAGAUGUGAGGAGUCCGAGGAACGAGGCAAGAGGGGCACAAGGAAUCUGUGGCGGAGAGAAAAUCCGCUCCCCGCUCCUUUUUCUUUUCCACAUUUGGUUAUUUGAGUAAAGGGAAAUUCAGAGGUUUGAGGUCCAGGACUGAGGCCAUUCGGUUUCUAAUAUUUAUAAGACUUGAACAAAAAGAUUAUUGGAAUAAAUGAAGCUAGGAACUGUUGUGAAUCUUGGGAAAAAUUUCUCACAUUUCUCUCCCAAGGUCUUAUAAACAUAUGAGUUUAUUGUAGCGAAUGUGUACUUACCUGAUUCUGAUUUAUUAUAAAAUUGGGGCAAAUACAUUCAGGGAUUAGACCACAUGGGGAUUCAUAAUUGUUGAAGAAUUUAAAACUGUGUGGUAAAUCCUGAAGUCUGAGUUUUAUGUUGUGCUCAGUAGAAAGCAGGAUACGCUUCCCGGUCUGCCUGUGUCAAAAAGCUUGUGGUUUACAAACAGUAACUGGUAAAUUACACUUGAGCUCCUUAGAGCCCUCUUUCACGUCUGUGGUUCUAUUGUUUGCCUUUUAUUUACUGUGUUUUGUGAUGGCUGAGAAAAUUAAGCUACCAAAUGAAUGAACAUUGAAAAUAAUUGCUAUUGAAACUUGGUGUUUCUCAUUUCAAAGUCAGUGUGUGGCUAUACCUCCCACUCAUUCAAUAAAUAUGU